AUGGAGGUUCACAAAAACAAACUGACAUUAGAAGAAUUCCAUAUCUCAGAAAAGACCGGAUUCGCAAACGGAGAUACUUUGGAAAAACUCCCAGAAUAUUUUCAGCCUUGGAAUGAUCUUAUCAGCCGUCUCUUAGAACUGAUGGAAAGUAAAACAGUGCGAGAGCAUGUAGAUCAGCUAAAACUAUUGGACCACAAGAAACUUUCUAGACACGCUGAGCUCAGCCUUGCCCGCAUACAGUUGUCCUUCUUUGUAGCAGGAUACGUCUGGCAAAACGGACGAAAAGAUCCCGCCGAGAAAAUACCCAGAUGCAUAGCUAUACCCUUUUACGGUGUGUCCGAAAGUUUGUCUCUUCCCCCAGUCUUAUGUUACUGCGAUGCCGCAUUAAUGAACUGGCGAGCUAUUGACCCAGAAGCCAACAUGAAAACAAUUUACCUAUUUCCCGGUGGACAUGAAACAGACACUUUUAUUCGAGUAUCUGUUUGGAUCGAACUGGCAUUUGCACCCGCAAUUCAGCGGAUACUGGAUGCCAUGCAUGCCGCGGAAGCCUCGGACACCGUGUCACUAAUUAACAGUCUGGAAGAUAUUGCUGCUGUCCUGAGAAAAUUGAGAGAAUUGCUACCUUGUUUUCACGACAGCAUCACAGUCGAUACAUUUUUCAAUGUGCUUCAACACUACUUCGGAGGAUACGGGCCAAAAACACCCUUACUAAAUGGUCUAGUGUUUGAAGGCGUCCGCGACGAACCGAUAAAUGCCAUCCCGUGCAGUGCUGCCCAGACGUCGACUCUCCCAUUGGUAGACGCUGCCCUUGGGGUCAAACACAAACCAGGUAUCCGAGCCAAGUUCGUGCGAUUUAGGAAACACAUGCCAUUACACCAUAGGCAGCUUAUUGAGGCUGUUGAACAACGAUCACAGAUACGUCAGUACGUGACUGAUUGCAACGAUGAGGCUCUGACGUCAGCCUUUGAGAACUGUCUGCGUGAACUGGCUGGCUUCCGAAGUGAUCACAUCAAAAUAGUCACCAAAUAUGUGGUGAUUCCCGGCAAGGGUGUUACUCCUGACAUAGAAGGCAUGAUGACCUCUCUGAAAUGUAUGAGGAAUGAAUCCACUGGCACUUAG